AUGCCUCAGCUCUCAGGUCUUCACGGUAUCCUGCGGGCUCAUCUUAUCAGCACGCCAUUCCAACACAGUCUAGCCGCAUGCUGCACCCUCACGACGACCAGCCUUGCGGAUCUGCAUGUGACCGCUGCUCGGCUGUCAUCGUCACGGGCAGUGCUGUGGACCUUCCCCGUCUGUCAGCCCAUAGGCCCGCCUUACUUCACACGGUCAUGUCUGAGAGCUGCCCACCAUCCCCUCGGCUGUCAUGCUCCGUCGCAUCCCCGAACCUGGCGUUCCCAUUCCUACGCCGUGCUCGCUCCGACCUCUGAGCCGGUGCCGCGCUCUCCGUGGGGGAUGUAUGACCCGUCGAGACAUUCGCUGCCCCCAGGUCGGGUCGGGUCGUCCUGGCUUAGUGCGACUUGGAAGAAUACCUCGCUAGCGGUCUGGUGUCUCGGGAACUUCCAAUUCCAGAUCGUACCGAAUACACAUAGAGCUAAGACACGAGCCGGGUGCUUCGUGAGAGAGAUUCUGACAACAACAGCUGUUGCUGAGCCUUAUAUAACGCCUGUGAACUCCAAGGUAGAGGCCAGCAGCCCUCCAGCCAGCUCAGAUAACUCGCUCUGA